UUGGGGUACCCAGGGUGACUUCACCACCACCCAGCCGUUACCUGCUGUGAAGGUAAAGCUGUUUACUGAGAGCACAGGAGUGUUGGCUCUGGAAGAUAAAGAGCUGGGGAAGGUUGUGCUCCACCCGACUCCCAACAGUCCCAAGCAGUCUGAGCUUCACAAGAUGACAGUGUCUAAAGGCUGUCCAGACAAUGACCUCAAGAUCAAACUGGCUAUUCGCAUGGACAAACCACAGAACAUGAAGCAUUGUGGGUACCUAUGGGCCAUUGGCAAAAACGUGUGGAAAAGAUGGAAGAAAAGAUUCUUUGUGCUGGUUCAGGUGAGUCAGUACACCUUUGCCAUGUGCAGCUACAGAGAGAAGAAGGCAGAGCCUGUAGAGCUUCUCCAACUGGAUGGCUACACCGUGGACUACACCGACCCUCAACCAGGUCUAGAUGGCGGUCGGACGUUCUUCAACGCUGUGAAAGAGGGCGACACUGUGAUCUUUGCCAGUGAUGAUGAGCAGGAUCGGAUCCUAUGGGUCCAAGCCAUGUACCGAGCUACCGGCCAGUCCCAUAAGCCAGUUCCUCCCACCCAGGUCCAGAAACUCAACUCGAGGGGGAGCACGACGCCACAGCUUGAUGCACCCAUCUCUCAGUUCU